AUGUGGGCCCCACGUUUUAACCCAUCAGCAUUACAGUCUGGCCUUCCCAACGAGCAACAGCUGAUCGUCUUACAUCUCCCAUGUUUAAAAUGGCUUUCGGUUCUCUUGUCCGUGCGUCUUUCCUCGUUUAAAGAAGCACUCUGGUUCAGAUGCUUUCAAUCGGGAUCCAAACCAACAAACCAAGUCGUAGCGAUGCUGCUUCCCGCCUCAAUCCACCAUGUUCUGGUCACCGCCGGCCCUUUGAAUCCCACCGCUCACCUCCACAUUCUCCGACCGCGAGGCACCACUUCGUUCCCUUUCUUCUCUUCCCAACCAAAAGCCAAGCCGAGACGCUGUCACUCCCUAAGUUGUUCUCCUCUUCCUUCCCUCGGUCCUCAGAGGCCCUCUCCAAGCCCAGUUGGUUCCCUGAACCCACUCCACUUCUUGCUUGAUGUCUCGCUGCCCCUGUGCUCCUACCUGGGAAUCCUACCUCCUGAUUUCCCCGACCGCUGGCGCCAUCUGCUGGUGGUCUCGGAGGAGGCCGAGUCGAGGCUUGCUGGAAUUCCUCACCAUUUGAUCCAGGCUAUCAUGGCGUCGGAGGACCGCCGUUUCUUUUACCACUCUGGAGUUGAUCCCCAUGGGAUCGCCCGUGCCGUGAUCAAUUUUCCUAAUGGCGGCGGCGGGAGCACCAUCACACAGCAGCUCAUGAAGAGAAUCUUUUUAACAAGUGAGCGCAAAAUUUCAAGAAAAUUCAUUGAAGGGUUGUUGUCAUUGAUAGUGGAGAAGAGAAUGUCAAAAUGGAAAAUAUUAUAUUCGUACCUUAGUGAGAUGUAUUGGGGACAUGGAAUGUACGGAAUCGAAUCAGCAUCUGUUUUUUACUUUGGAAAACACCCUUCUUUUCUCACUGUGGGGGAAUCUGCAUUGCUAGCUGGGAUUUUACCUGCUCCUGAGCUUCUAAGCCCAUAUAGGAAUCCAGGCAGUGGCAAGUCCUCCCAAGCCAAGGUGCUCAGAAGGAUGGUGGCAGCAGGAUUUCUUGACAUGGAGACAGCACUGAAGAUUGCGAAGCAACCUCUUUGCUUGCAUUCUGAAAAUGAGACAUCAGAAGACACAGGCCUAAAUAUGAAUUCUCUAUGUAUGCAUGGACAACCUUUAUUCGUGUCAUGUGAAGCCAAGGAUAGAAUGAAACAGCACGAUGGAAGAUAAAUUCCAUAAGAUCUUGCACAUUGGACAGCUUGCAUAGGCUGAAGUGAAAACAAGGGUAUCCAUACACUGUUGUUAAAUUAACAUGAGAGAAAUGAUAGCUAAGGUUCCCAUCUGAUUAUUUUUUUUUCUUAUUUCUUAACUUCCAAAAUAUACUUCUAAUUUUGUCUGGUGCUCCUCUUGUUUCUCGCCCUUGAAAGAGACCAAGAACUGAAUUGGUAUUUAUCAAAGUGGGGAGGAUUGAUAAACACGAGGAUUUCAUCAUCUAGGCCAAGGAUUUUUUGUGAUUGAAAGAGAGAUAUAACAAAAUUUUCCCUGUAGAUCUGGAUCAA